CAGCUUAUCUGGGGUAUAUAGAAAAUUCGAUUAGUUGGCCGGCAGCAUUGAAUGCGGCAUGACGUGCCAGAAAAAGAGAAAAUUGUUGCGGAAGUGGAACUGCUAGCAAUUUCCGGUAAUUUGCAUGGGCUGCGACCUUUCAAUCUCCUAGCCUCUAUUCGUCUAAGGUUAGUUACAGUGCGAGCUAGUUGGCAUAAGCAUUUGAAAUUUAUAGCUCGUGGCAAGCAGAUCGCUGAAAUGUUAAUGCCAUUUUUUUGCGUACUGUGGCUAGUUGGCGCUUGCCACAGCGUAUCGAUUGUGGAGCAGGAUGUUUUGCGCUUUGGCCAAGAGCUCGAGCAGCUCCUGAACACGACAUAUUCGCCUUGCCAAGACUUCUUUGGCUACGUAUGCGGACGCACCGCGAAUCAAACACUGCGCCGUCAGCAGGAACAGCUGCGCUUUCAGCAGCUACUUUGCCUAAACAAUCCCGGUCCACUUCUGGCCAUGGAACAACAGCUGCUUAACUUUUACAAGUCCUGCCAAAGCAGUCGCAGCCUGGACUCGCUCACGUCCACGCAGCUAUACAAAAGCAGCGGUGGCUGGCCUGCACUUGAAUCCAGCAAUAUUAAUCAAACUGGGCUCGGUUGGUUGGGACUACUCAGCCAGUUCCAUGAGAUGGGCGCACCGUAUUUCUUCGAGUCCCGUAUCAGCAUGCAGUCGAACAAACGGUUGAUCACAUUGCAGCCAGAUGUGACCAGGCGCCAUACGUUGCGCAAGUUUGAGCAGCGUGUGGGCGAGCUGCUUCAGAGCUUUGGCGUCGAGCAGAGUCGGGCCCAUAUCGUAUCGCUCGAGGUACUCAGCCUUGAGCGCAAUCGCCGCGAUAUCAUUAAAACGGAGCGUAUUGAUGAUCAGGUGCAGUUCAGCUAUGCGAAUUUCAAACGAAGUUCCUUCGGCAACUUCUCGAUGGCUCGCCUUGAUUGGGAUGCCUAUUUUCGCAACCUGCUCGGUGGUAAGACGUUAAAGCCCACGGACGUAAUUGUUGUGAGGCAGCUGCCACGCCUUGUAGACUAUAUGCAUCUAUUGCAGAAUACGAGCAUUCAUCGACUGCUUAAUUGGAUUUGGAUUGAUUAUUUGAUAGACAUUGUAGCCGCCGAAUGCCAGCAGUUGGCCGACAUCUAUGCUGGCGACGUCUAUGCGCACCUGCUGCAGCGCUUGAGCACGGAUCGCGUACAACUGACACAGAUGUAUGCGAACAUUGGUGGAGCCUACAGAGCGCAGUUGGUCGGCAGUGUGUGGAUAGACGAGAUCUCCGAGCAGUCUUCAAAGCGAUUUCUGAGCCAGGUGAUGCACAUAAUGCUCAAUGGAGAUGAGUUCUUAGAUGCUGCCUACCAGGACCUGCAGCUUGGUCGUCGAAACUUCUAUCGGAAUAUGGAGAAACUGCGGCGCUUCCAACACAAGCGACCGCCGCCUUCACCAGCUACACUGCUGCUUCGCCAAUAUGCGCGAGGUUUUGAGACCAUUUAUGGAUUGUUGCCAAAACAGCAGCACCAGAGCUUGACAACGCCGCUUGUCUAUGUGCUUCUUGCGGAACGCUUUGCACGUCAUCUGGUGGCCGCCGGCAGCAGUAGUCGCACACCCGGGGCUUGGCGCAGCAUCGACUCAGACCGCCAGUUCGCCCAGUUUGUGAACUGCAGCAAGACGGCGAGCGACACAAACGCCCACGAACUGUUAUUGAAUACGCUGGCUCAGCGCCUGGCCGGCAGCACCUACAAAGAGUGGCUGGAUCAGCAGCCUACAGCGAACAGAGUGAAUAUGCUGCUGGCUGCAGGUAAGCUGCAGUUGUCGCUGCAGCGUCUGUACUUCAUUGGCAAUCUGCUGAUGGAGUGCCCAGAAGGACAGCAGGAGCAUAAACGUCAGCUGCAGCACAUGCUCUUGCGUAACACUCCCGAAUUCAGCGAGGCGUUCAACUGCCGCCUUGGCGAUGCACUUUAUGUGCAGCCUCAGCGCUGCCACCUCGCUGAAAAUCUUGCGCUCAGCGUUAGUGCAUAACAAAACUGAAUCGAAGCAGAUAAAUGUGAGUGUGUCAACCUUGAACUUUUUCUUUUUUUCCUGUCACAGGAAAUCAAUAAACAUUGCAAGCACAUGGGGUUGUUGGGGAUUAGGUCAA